UUACAAUCAUGGGAAAGUCCUGUGUCACUUGCACUCUACAUCGAUCGUGGUUCAUCAGGAGCUUUACAAUAUCUCUUGGACUUGCAUCGAUGUAAUCGAACCAUCGCAGAGAAGCUCUCCGUUCACGUGGUCUAUCAGUUGGCAGCAUUUCAAGACAGAUGUCAGCCUCUUCAGGUUCUUAAACGACCCAUAUCCUGCGCCAAUUUCACGUCACUAUACAGUUCAGUGCCUGAAUUUUCAACUGUGAUGUCCAAUUUAGAGAAGAAUUUCCUGAACACGAUGAUUCCACCGUUUGGUAUCUAUCCGAUAAAUGUUAUGCGAAACGUCGCCAGACGUGGAGCACCGUCAAAUUUUCAUUUGAUCAGUGACAUUGAAAUGGUUUUUAGUACCAAUUUUGCUCAUCAAGCCAGGAUUUUAGCAAAUGUACAUAUUCGGCCGAAAUCGAAAAAGCUGAUUGUGAUAAGAAGAUUCGAAAUCGAGUCAGGCGUCGAACUGCCACGCAACCACACAGCCCUCAGAGCGCUUAUCGACGCUGGACAAGCUCAUGAGUACCACCAUAAGUUGUUCCCGGUAGGUCACACUAUCGAGGCGUUAUGGGAAUGGUUCAAGCGUUCCAAGGAAAACCCCGAGCCCUUUGUGUGGGAAAUCCCUUACAAAAAUCCUAUGUGGGAGCCGCAGUUCAUCAUGAGCGCAGGAGAUCCGUUCAGUGAGGAGACUAUGCCGACUCGUUUACGGGAUCAGCAGGCAUUGACUUACGAGCUGUGUCGUGCCAACUACACCUUCUUGCUGGCAUCGCAACUCUUCAAUGUUCAUCGUGGUGUUAAAAGAUCUGCGACAUGCUUCGACAAAGCUGUCGUCCAGCACCAAGUCCGAUUCAGAUACAGUGCCUUCAUCAGGUUCAAACGGCGAAUCGACAUGGAGUAUCCGAAAACACUCAAACGAUGUAAAAAGUUUACAAUGUAA